AUGGCAACCAAUGAGGGGGUGUUUGUGUGCACGUCGACACAGUGGACACUCGUUUCGGCGGGGGGCUGGAGGAGCAUCGUGGAGAAGAGUGUGGAGAUUGGAGUGUCACCUCCCCAUGCCCUAGUCCUGCAGUCACCUCCCCAUGCCCUAGUCCUGCAGUCACCUCCCCAUGCCCUAGUCCUGCAAUCACACCCCCAUGCCCUAGUCCUGCAGUCACACCCCCAUGCCCUAGUCCCGCAGUCACACACCCAUGCCCUAGUCCUGCAGUCACACCCCCAUGCCCUAGUCCUGCAGUCACACACCCAUGCCCUAGUCCUGCAGUCACCUCCCCAUGCCCUAGUCCUGCAGUCACCUCCCCAUGCUCUAGUCCUGCAGUCACCCCCCCAUGCCCUAGUCCUGCAGUCACCUCCCCAUGCUCUAGUCCUGCAGUCACCUCCCCAUGCUCUAGUCCUGCAGUCACCUCCCCAUGCCCUAGUCCUGCAGUCACCUCCCCAUGCCCUAGUCCUGCAGUCACCUCAGCAUGCCCUAGUCCUGCAGUCACCUCCCCAUGCCCUAGUCCUGCAGUCACCUCCCCAUGCCCUAGUCCUGCAGUCACCUCCCCAUGCUCUAGUCCUGCAGUCACACCUCCAUGCCCUAGUCCUGCAGUCACCUCCCCAUGCUCUAGUCCUGCAGUCACCUCCCCAUGCUCUAGUCCUGCAGUCACCUCCCCAUGCCCUAAUCCUGCAGUCACCUCCCCAUGCCCUAGUCCUGCAGUCACCUCCCCAUGCCCUAGUCCUGCAGUCACCUCCCCAUGCCCUAGUCCUGCAAUCCCCUCCCCAUGCCCUAGUCCUGCAGUCCCCCUCAUGGCCUAUCCUGCAGUCACACCCCCAUGCCCUAGUCCUGCAGUCACCUCCCCAUGCCCUAGUCCUGCAGUCACCUCCCCAUGCCCUAGUCCUGCAGUCACACCCCCGUGCACUAGUCCUGCAGUCACCUACCCAUGCUCUAGUCCUGCAGUCACACCUCCAUGCCCUAGUCCUGCAGUCACCUCCCCAUGCUCUAGUCCUGCAGUCACCUCCCCAUGCCCUAGUCCUGCAGUCACCUCCCCAUGCCCUAGUCCUGCAGUCACUUCAGCAUGCCCUAGUCCUGCAGUCACCUCCCCAUGCCCUAAUCCUGCAGUCACCUCCCCAUGCCCUAGUCCUGCAGUCACCUCCCCAUGCCCUAGUCCUGCAGUCACCUCAGCAUGCCCUAGUCCUGCAGUCACCUCCCCAUGCCCUAGUCCUGCAGUCACCUCCCCAUGCCCUAGUCCUGCAGUCACCUCCCCAUGCCCUAGUCCUGCAAUCCCCUCCCCAUGCCCUAGUCCUGCAGUCACACCCCCAUGCCCUAGUCCUGCAGUCACCUCCCCAUGCCCUAGUCCUGCAGUCACCUCCCCAUGCCCUAGUCCUGCAGUCACACCCCCGUGCACUAGUCCUGCAGUCACCUCCCCAUGCCCUAGUCCUGCAGUCACACCCCCGUGCACUAGUCCUGCAGUCACCUCCCCAUGCCCUAGUCCUGCAGUCACACCUCCAUGCCCUAGUCCUGCAGUCACCUCCCCAUGCUCUAGUCCUGCAGUCACCUCCCCAUGCCCUAAUCCUGCAGUCACCUCCCCAUGCCCUAGUCCUGCAGUCACCUCCCCAUGCCCUAGUCCUGCAGUCACCUCAGCAUGCCCUAGUCCUGCAGUCACACCCCCAUGCCCUAGUCCUGCAGUCACCUCCCCAUGCCCUAGUCCUGCAGUCACCUCCCCAUGCCCUAGUCCUGCAAUCCCCUCCCCAUGCCCUAGUCCUGCAGUCACCCCCCCAUGCCCUAGUCCUGCAAUCCCCUCCCCUCCCCAUGCCCUAG